ACGUUUACAACUAUUGUGAAUGUUUGCAAAUUGAAGAGAAAGAAAUGUACAGGAUUUUUGUUCAUUGAUAUUAGAUACAAAAAUAUAUUUUUGUGUUUGGUUUAGGAAAUAAAAUUAUUCAGGAUAUAUUCGGAGAAACCAUGAGGUGUCGGUUCCUGGCGGUAUGUUUCCUGUUGACGCUAGUAGUGUUAUCACUGGUGGAAUGCUUCUACGUACCGGGUGUUGCGCCCGUUGAAUUCUCAAUAGGUCAAAAAAUCGAUGUUAAAGCUGUUAAAAUGACGAGUAGUAGGACGCAAUUGCCAUACCAGUAUUAUUCUCUACAAUUUUGUUUACCCAAAAAUGGUACAUUGAUUUAUAAAUCAGAAAAUUUGGGUGAAGUUUUACGUGGCGAUCGAAUUGUAAAUACACCUUAUGAAGUGCGAAUGGCUAAAAAUAUAAACUGCAAAUUACUAUGUCAUAAAAAGGAUCAGCCAAUGAAUUGGAACAAAGAUCAAUCAGCCACAGUUGCGGAGCGAAUAAGUCAUGAAUAUUUCGUACAUUUGCUUGUGGAUAAUUUACCGGUAGCGACUAGAAUAAUGAAUGCAAAUUUUCCCAACGAAAUUACCUAUGAACAUGGUUAUCGCUUGGGACAAGUUGAUGGUGACAACAUAUACAUAAACAACCAUCUAAAAUUUAUUCUUUCCUAUCAUAUGCAUACAAAAAACAAAUAUCGUGUAGUUGGUUUUGAAGUAGAAACCGCUUCAGUGAACUAUAAAGAUAUAAAAUUCGAGGGUGACUCUUGUAAUUUCCCCGACAAUGCCCGACCACAAUUGGUAAACUCAAACUCGAAUACGAAACUGUAUUUUACUUAUUCGGUUGAAUGGAAGGAAUCAAAAGUAAGCUGGGCUUCACGAUGGGAUAUAUAUCUUGGUAUGAGGGAUGUGCAAAUUCAUUGGUUUAGUAUAAUAAAUUCUCUUGUUGUCGUAUUCUUCCUUUCGGGAAUUUUGACUAUGAUAAUGAUUCGUACACUGCGCCGAGAUAUCGCACGAUAUAAUACAGAUGACAAUAUCGAAGACACACUUGAGGAAACUGGAUGGAAGCUAGUACAUGGUGACGUUUUUCGUCCACCUAAAAACACACGUCUGUUUUCGGCAGUUAUUGGCAGUGGCAUACAGAUAUUUUUUAUGGCUUUAAUAACAAUAUUUUUUGCUAUGCUUGGAAUGCUGUCACCGUCUUCACGAGGAGCUUUAAUGACCUCAGGAAUUUUUAUGUAUGUUUUCAUGGGAACGAUCGCGGGUUAUUUUGCGGCGCGUCUUUAUAAAACUAUGAAAGGACGCGAAUGGAAACGUACUGCUUUUUUAACAGCUACUUUGUAUCCCGGCAUUGUUUUUGGGACCGGCUUUAUAUUAAAUUUCUUUAUAUGGGACAAACAUUCAAGCGGCGCUGUUCCAUUUACAACAAUGGUUUCCUUACUUCUCUUGUGGUUUGGAAUAUCUGUUCCCCUGGUUUAUUUGGGAUAUUAUUUUGGUUAUCGCAAGCAACCAUAUCAACAUCCCGUUCGAACUAAUAUGAUACCAAGACAAGUGCCGACACAGCACUGGUACAUGAAUAUUGUUCUCAGUACCUUAAUGGCUGGAAUUCUGCCUUUCGGAGCGGUUUUCAUUGAAUUGUUUUUCGUCUUCACUGCUAUAUGGCAGAACCAAUUCUAUUACUUGUUUGGUUUUCUAUUUCUUGUAUUUUGCAUUUUAGUUGUUAGUUGCGGCCAAAUAUCAAUUGUUAUGACAUAUUUUCAACUAUGUGGAGAGGAUUAUCGCUGGUGGUGGCGAAGCUUUAUAGUUUCAGGCGGUUCUGCAGCAUAUGUUCUACUCUACAGUAUAUUCUAUUUUUUUACGAAAUUGGAAAUAACUGAAUUUAUUCCUACACUUUUAUAUUUGAGUUAUACAGGCAUUAUGGUAUUAACAUUUUGGCUCCUAACCGGGACAAUUGGAUUUUUCGCCGCUUAUAGUUUUAUCCGAAAAAUAUAUGGAGCUGUUAAAAUAGAUUAAAUUUCUAACAACUAAUGAAACUGAGGAAAUUACAUAUAUUUAUAUUUUAUGUUGUAAAUCAUUACAUCUAAAUGCUAUAAAUUUUGCAUUGUAACACUAAUUUUCGAUAUUUACUCGAAAUAUAGACUAAUUUAUGUUAUAUUAAUAUUAGUCCAUAUUUCAAUGUGAUUGCAUAUUAUUGUCUAGAAAACUAAUAAACUAUGUAUUUCCCUUAGAUUUAUUUUCUUAGGCUAUCAGUAAAUGCUAAAUUAAAAUUAAGAUGUGUUUACUUUCGUUAUCUGUAUAAAUUAUUACUCUGUUUACGACUAAUACUUACGUACUCGAAAUUGCAAACUUAUGCGCCAUAAAAACUGGCUGAACUAAGACACCCAGCAAUUCGAAUAUAAAUAAAAUAAAAAAAUAAUGCGACUGGAGUAAAAAAA